ACGAGGCCGCGGCCACAGGGGUGGGGACUCGCGGACGCUCAGUAGCUCCGCUCAGUCGAGCCAGCGCCGUGAUCGGAGUUGGAAUAGUGACUGGGGGGACCGUGUUCCGAGCAGGCGUACAAGCUCCCUGCCGUUCUAGUCGUUCCUUCAAUCACGCGCGCACGAAUCAAUUUGGUCGACCGGCGGAGCGAGGUCGAGCAUUCGAAUCGGUUGCCUCUUCGCCCGUUUAUCGUCAGCUCGUCCGUGCCUCGUACGCCGCUAUCAUUCCGUUCGAGCCGCACCGUUCGUCGAUUCUCGGUUGUCUGUUGCGUCCCGACCGUCGUCCGUAAUUGACUGUCGCGAAGGCCUACUCUUUCGCGGACCCGUCACAGAGUCACGACAGUGAAAAUGCGGUAGUGACAGUGAUACGUCGAAGACAGGGGGAAGAAGGGAAUCUCUGGGUACGUUUGUAGGCGCGAGGACGCCACGAGUUUGCUCGAGGAAAUCGAAGUGAACGAAACAAAAUUGGGGAGAGGCUCGUCGAAGCCAGGCCGGAAGUUAUGACGAGCUCGUGUGUUCGAGGACGAGAAAUAUACGCGCAUGUGUCCAGUGGGAUAUAGUGCCGGCGAUAAAGCAUUCAUUCCAGAUCUGGAUACCUCGCUCUCGACACCUACGGGACCUGGAUUAUCUCAUGUCAGGAUGGCGCUGGCGCGACUUGCGGUGAGCGACUGUGCGCCUCAAACGUCGCGGGUCAGCUCGAACUUGCACAGCAGCAGUAGUAUGGCAGUAAGCCGCGUACCGAGCCCUCCACCACCGGAAGUGAACACCCCCGUUGCCGAGAACUGGUGUUACACGCAGGUGAAGGUGGUUAAGUUCAGCUACAUGUGGACGAUAAAUAACUUCAGCUUUUGCCGGGAGGAAAUGGGGGAAGUACUAAAGUCGUCCACCUUCUCAGCAGGGGCCAACGAUAAAUUAAAAUGGUGCCUAAGAGUGAAUCCUAAGGGUCUGGACGAGGAGAGCAAAGACUACCUGUCUCUGUAUCUCCUUCUCGUUUCGUGCAACAAAUCCGAAGUCAGAGCAAAGUUCAAAUUUUCUAUUCUUAAUGCCAAAAGGGAAGAGACCAAAGCAAUGGAGAGCCAACGUGCUUAUAGGUUCGUCCAAGGUAAAGAUUGGGGUUUCAAGAAGUUCAUUAGGAGAGAUUUCCUUUUAGACGAGGCGAACGGACUCCUGCCCGACGAUAAACUCACGAUAUUCUGUGAGGUAUAUACCUUUGUUAGCGUGGUGGCGGACAGCGUGAACAUUUCCGGACAAAGCAACACUAUACAAUUCAAAGUCCCGGAAUGCCGGCUGUCCGACGAUCUCGGUCUGCUUUUCGAAAACCAAAAAUUUAGCGACGUCACGCUGACGGUCUGCGGGAGGGAGUUUCAGGCGCACAAAGCCAUACUAGCGGCACGAAGUCCGGUUUUCUCUGCGAUGUUCGAACACGAGAUGGAGGAGAGGAAACAGAAUCGCGUGGACAUCACCGACGUGGAGCACGAGGUGUUGCGAGAAAUGCUGCGAUUCAUCUACACGGGAAAAGCGACGAAUCUAGAGAAAAUGGCGGACGAUCUGCUAGCGGCAGCGGACAAGUAUGCGCUCGAAAGGCUGAAGGUAAUGUGUGAGGAAGCACUCUGCACGAGUUUAGCCAUCGAGAACGCAGCCGAGAUCCUCAUUCUUGCUGAUCUUCAUAGCGCUGAUCAACUCAAGGCGCAAGCCAUAGACUUCAUUAAUACACACGCGACGGACGUGAUGGAUACAGCGGGUUUUAAGUCGAUGGUGAACUCUCAUCCGCAUCUUAUAGCAGAAGCGUUUCGAGCGCUAGCCACGCAACAGAUACCUCCUAUCGGACCGCCCAGGAAGCGAGUAAAACAGAGCUGAAAACAGUAUUUUGCAUCCCUCAUGACUUUUUGUGUACAGUGAUACGAGUAGUGUUCUAAAUAAAUGUUUCCUAGUGCGCCAUUCCUCUGGCCCACUUAAAAUAGACUACGUCGAAGUGACUAAUAACGCCAGUUUCGAGCCGAUUGCUAGGUCGGUUGCUCUUGGAUGGGCAACCAGUUCGGCCAGUUCGAAGCUAAAUGCAAGCAUAAAUUCAUACCCGGAGAGAGAGACGCCUCCCUUUGUAAUUCAGUGAGUCGUCGGUGUUGGAAAAAAAGAACUGUCUAUCACAGAACGGAGUGGGGAUACUGCACGUGCGACGGAAAGAAAAAUUAAGACGGGAACGAGAGCACCAACGAUAACUUGUCGGUUAAUAUUUGUACCGAUGUUGGGACAACAGGGACACACGCGACAACGGUACUCUUUUUUUUGCAUUGUGCGUCGUCAACGGUCUCGUUCGAGGGAAGCGUGUGUUUUCAUUUCUACAAACGCCACUAAAAAAUGUCAGCGAUUUGUCAAUGCGCAUCGUUAGGGUCUCGCGUGGAUUUGCUUUGGGGGAUCGCAAACCAUCCGUAUUGAAGAAAGAUGUAAAAGCAGCCAGUGGACCAAGGCGAGAUUGAAACUUGCUGAAAUUGCUACGACAUACACGUACACACACACACACACACAUUUGUAUACGCGAUACACGUACACGAACACACACACACACAAUGCACGAAGGAAGUUGUGAUAGACGUCGGCCAGACGAUUAAAACAUUUUGUUCCUUUGUCGAAAACAUGGAUCAAACGAUUGUCCCACGCUUGUUCGUUGUGCAACGAGCAAGAAGAAAAAAGUUAGAUACUAUGUUUACUACCGAUAGUGAUUUUUAGUUAUAUAUAUAUAUUGAAAAAAAAAAAAGGAAAUGAACGUCAAACUCUUCCAAGAACGGAGAAAAUGAUUCUAGUUAGUGUUUUUUAUGAUCUCUUUCUCUCAACAUGUACGACUACUACUAUGAUUACUAUUAAUGCUACGCAAUCUGUGCCGUAUUUUUGUAUAUUUUUGUCUGCAGAUACCGCCCUGCGCCUCCCUUCCCCCGCCCCCCACCCCACCCCCCUUUAAUGCGGCCUUUUACUCGUCCCUUUUAUCACUAGGCACAGUUUGUUUUGUUUUCUUGAGUAUUGCAUAGUAGAAGAAGUGAUAGAUUCGAAUUAUUAUUAUUAUAUUAUUAUAUUAUAUUAUUAUUAUUAUUAUUGUAUUAAAUUUAGGGUUGUCCAUAAUUUAUCGAAUUUUAUGUUGAUUAUUAUUGAAAUGUCUAUCGUACUUGUGCGCAGGAUAUAUGUAUUAAUUAGUGAUGUUACGAGGGUCGCGUUAAAAAGUCGAUGGCACAGUUAUUAGAGAUAAAAUGAAAAGAAAAAAAAUGAGAAUCGCUGAAACGAGAACAAAAGGGAAAACGAAUGAAUUUAAGAAGUUGUAUAAAUAAAAGUUAGUCAAUUAUAUAGUGCGAAAAUAUUAAUCGUUUUUUAUGUAAUUAAUGAAUUGCGAAUUCGUGUGGUCAAUGAUCUUGAAUUAUGGGCAACCAAGAAGGCAAACAAUAAUCAUCAUUUAGUACUGUACUGGCUUCCUGAUCCUCCGACCUAGCUUUACCCGAUGUUUUAAAUAUGAGAAAUACCAUACAGGAGUAAUGAUAUUGAAGAUUAAUGCCAUACAUGUUCUGUGAUAAGACCACUGUAAUUACCGCAAUUGUAUCACACCUUUCUAGAACUUCUGACGAUCCUGGCAGCCAGUGAAUUUAUCUUUUAAGAAACGGUCGCUAUCCGGACAGUCCCAAAUCUAGCGUCCCUUUCGAUUUUAAGAUUUUUACUGUACAUAUCUACUGUAUUUUAUAAGAACUGAACCGAAUGGAACCAUACAUUUAUGAAGGGUACAAUAACCAACUAUAAUUUAUUCUAUUUUACAGACUGUGCUAAACUCAUGUUCCUUGAAACACUAGCAAUGCUUUAAGUAAAUGUAAUAUGUAAUAACAACAAAUUAAUACGAUUAGAACGUAUUGUGUCACUUUGGUCUCGGCACCGGCGUGUACGCGUGCGUCGCGGCCACGUCGCGCGUGUAUUUCCGUCGAGAUUUAAAACGAAAAGAAGAAAAGAUAAAAGAAAAGAAAAGAAUCCUAUGAGAAACAUAGUUAGGGAACGAUUUUCCACCGUUUUUUACAUGAUGUUUAUUUCAGUCAUAGAUCAUUAGAGCUUAAACGAAACGAUAAAACACGGGAGAAAAAUAAUAAAAUAAUAAAUGUAAGCGGUUUAAGGAACAGAUUUUGGCCGUGCUCGCUCAGAUUUUAAAAAAAAAUUCGAUGGAAGAAAAAAAGAAAUGAACAAGUGAAAUCUACGUCCAUUCUACCCAUUCUAUCUUUGGGACUGUGCGGCGAAUAUCUCAUGAAAACUCGUAAUGUUGAAUGUCUUUUUCCUAAAAAAAAAAAAUACCAAGAAAAUAAGCA